GGACCGCGCCCCUGUCCGCUCCAUGUGCCCUACGCCCUCGGUGCAACACUCAGAGGGCCCGGCGCGAACAGUGGCGAAACUGUCGUCUGUGACUGAGUCCCGGCAGCAGAGGUGGCACACUGGUGACAUUCUUGGCGGGGCUGGCAGCAGCGGACAGUGCUGAGAGCCGCCGGUUGCAACAGCUCGCGGCUGGCCGGCCGGCCGGCGCGGAGCUGUGAGGGGCGUCCCGGCGCCUCGGGCGGGAGAGGAGGCCGCCGGGCCGCCUUAAAUACCGGGGGCCCCGGCAGACGGCAUCACAGUCCGCCGCCGCCGCAGCAGCAGCAGCAGCAGUGCCUCCGCAGUCGUGACAAACCCACCCAGACAACCAUGAAGCUGUUCGUGUUCUCCGCUCUGCUGGUGCUGGCCGCCGCCCGGCCGCAGGACUCCCUGGACUCGCUCGAGCCCGAGGUGAAGGUUCUCAGCGAGAGGUUCGAGCAGGAUGAGCAGGGCAGCUACCAGUACGGCUACGAGCUCGACAACGGACAGAAGGUGGAUGAGCAGGGCACCGUUGUGCCGGGCCCCGAGCCGGAGACGGGCUCGCUCGAGGUGCAGGGCAGCUACUCUUUCCUCGGCGACGACGGCGUCACCUACACGGUGACGUACACGGCCGGCGAGCAGGGCUUCCAGGCGCAGGGCGACCACCUGCCCCAGGCGCCCGCCCAGAUCCCCGAGUACGCCGAGCUCCGGGAGAAGUACCCGCAGCUGUUCUGGGCCGAGAACCAGCAGCCCGCCGAGGCCGCGCCCGAAGACGUCCUCUUCUAGAUGGAACAUCACCCCCGACCGACCGUCCGUCUCCGAGCACCCCCCAGAUGACGUCAUAAGUCAGCUGAUGACGGUAGCCAUCCGUCGCCCUGUCCACCGACGGCGCCGUGCGCCCGCGUAUGACACUGGCAUACACCCGCGCGCGGAGGCCUCACAGGGUAGUGGCAACGGAGGGCAGUGUUAUUUGUGAUACUGUAUAUAUCAUGUGCGUUGCACUGUUGUUCCUAUUUCUAAUAAAUGUCCAACCAAAUGA